CCGCAGCCGCAGCGGCGGGAUGGGGCCAGCGCGCGGACCCCGCCGGCAGCGCGAGCAGCCGCCGCAGUGACCCGGCCGCGAGCCGCCGCCCCAGCUCAUGCCCGUGCCGAGCGGCCGUAGCCGCGGGAGCCGCCAGCCGCCCGGGGGCCCGGGGCGCUGAGGCGCGGAGGCGGCGCGGGCGAGUCCCGGCCGCCGCGCCCGGCCGGGAGAUGAGCCUGGAGGAGGGCGGCGCGGCCGGGCUGGGUGAGCUCCGCUCGUGGUGGGAGGUGCCGGCCAUCGCGCACUUCUGCUCGCUCUUCCGCACCGCGUUCCGCCUGCCGGACUUCGAGAUCGAGGAGUUAGAAGCAGCUCUUCACAGAGAUGAUGUAGAGUUUAUCAGCGACCUGAUUGCCUGCCUGCUUCAGGGCUGCUAUCAACGCAGAGAUAUCACGCCUCAAACAUUCCACAGCUACUUGGAGGACAUCAUCAACUACCGCUGGGAGCUUGAAGAAGGCAAGCCCAACCCUCUGAGAGAAGCCAGUUUCCAAGACCUGCCUCUUCGCACUCGUGUGGAGAUCCUGCACCGCCUCUGUGAUUAUCGGCUAGAUGCAGAUGAUGUCUUCGAUCUUCUCAAGGGUCUGGAUGCAGACAGUCUCCGAGUGGAACCACUGGGUGAAGAUAAUUCCGGGGCGCUCUACUGGUAUUUCUACGGAACGCGAAUGUACAAGGAGGACCCAGUGCAGGGAGAAUCCCGUGGGGAACCCUCUCUGAGCAGGGUAAGUGAAGGACAGAAGAAUGUCUCAAGUGUUCCUGGGAAAACAGGAAAAAGAAGAGGGAGACCCCCAAAACGGAAGAAACUACAAGAGGAGAUUAUUGGGAGUGAAAAGCCGGAAGAAAAGUCCUUGGCAUCUGAGCCACAGACAAGAAAUGGGUCCCAAGGGCCAGGUCAAGGCACUUGGUGGCUCCUGUGCCAAACAGAAGAAGAAUGGAGACAGGUCACAGAGAGUUUUCGGGAGAGGACCUCCCUUCGAGAACGGCAGCUCUAUAAGCUCCUCAGUGAGGACUUCCUGCCUGAGAUCUGCAACAUGAUUGCCCAGAAGGGAAACCGUCCACAGCACACAAAGGCAGAGUUGCAGCCCAGGUGGAUAUCUAGCCACCUGUCCGUCAAAUCCAUCCAGCGAGAGGAGACCCCUAUGCUUACCAGAAUAGAAAAACAGAAGCGCAAAGAGGAGGAGGAAGAACGGCAGAUUCUUCUGGCAGUGCAGAAGAAGGAGCAGGAGCAGAUGCUCAAGGAAGAGCGGAAACGAGAGUUGGAGGAAAAGGUCAAGGCAGUGGAAGAUCGAGCUAAGAGACGAAAGCUCAGGGAAGAAAGGGCAUGGCUGCUGGCUCAAGGGAAGGAGCUCCCCCCAGAACUUUCCCAUCUGGACCCUAAUUCCCCAAUGAGGGAAGAAAAAAAGACUAAAGACCUCUUUGAGUUGGAUGAUGAUUUCACUGCCAUGUAUAAAGUUCUAGAUGUGGUAAAGGCUCACAAGGACUCCUGGCCCUUUUUGGAACCAGUGGAUGAAUCAUAUGCCCCAAACUAUUACCAGAUUAUUAAGGUCCCAAUGGAUAUCUCAAGCAUGGAGAAUAAGCUGAAUGGAGGUUUAUACUGUAGCAAGGAGCAAUUUGUAAACGAUAUGAAGACUAUGUUCAGGAAUUGCCGAAAAUACAAUGGGGAGAGCAGUGAAUAUACUAAGAUGUCUGAUAAUCUGGAGAGAUGUUUCCAUCGGGCAAUGAUGAAGCAUUUUCCUGGGGAAGAUGGAGACACAGAUGAAGAAUUUUGGGUCAGAGAGGAUGAAAAACGGGAGAAGAGACGGAGUCGGGCAGGGAGGAGUGGCGGAAGCCAUGUUUGGACCCGCAGCAGGGACCCGGAGGGCCCUGGCAGGAAACAGCAGCCGGCAGAGAACGGAGGAAAGGCGUUGCCACCUGCGCGUCGUGUAGCCACUUCUAGGGAGGACCAGCAUGGCACCCCGCAGCUCCCUCGGGAGGUGGGCCCCAAGGGUGGAGGCUUUUCUCAUCCUCUGCACUCUGGUGGGAUGCCCAGCCAGGCACCGGGGUUAAACCAGAUGAGGCCAGCAGUACCAGGAACAUUUGGUCCUCUUCGAGGAUCAGAUCCUGCCCGCUUCCACAUCUCCUCCAGAGUGCCAGAACCUCGCCCUGGGGAGCCUGUUCAGCAGCAUCCGCCUUUGGCCAUGCAGCCUCCAGUUGGAAUUAACAACCACCGAGGACCCAGGCUAGGAAUGACUGAAGAGAAGCAAGUGUGUGGGGGGCUGACACACCUUGCUAACCUGGGCUCACAUCCUGGAUCCUUGCCCCUGAGGCAGAUGAGUGGCCCCAGUCAGGAUGGAAAUUUGUAUCCCCCAGCUCAAUUCCAGCCGAGGUUUAUUCCUCCCAGGCAUGGUGGGGCUCCAGCCCGAACCCCAGACUUUGCUGAAAGCUCAGAAAUUCCUUCUGGCCACAUGUACCAAUCAUACAAGUACCUAAAUCGUGUGCAGUCUGCUGUCUGGAAUGGGAACCAUGGUGCUACAAACUCAGGAUCCUUGGGGCCAGAUGAGAAGCCCCCCAUGGGGCCAGGACCCUCUCACCACCCUCACACUCUCGGUCACAUGAUGGAUUCCCGGGUGAUGAGACCACCUCUCCCCACAAACCAGUGGAUGGAACAAUCAAGCUUUCUACCUCAUGGAGUUACUUCUUCAGGGUAUAUGCGACCACCCUGUAAGUCCGGUGGACAUAGGUUACAGGCACCUUCAGCCCCAGUGCCGAGCUCUCUGUUUGGAGCACCCGCCCAGGCUCUGCGGGGGGCGCCAGGAGGGGACUCCAUGAUGGACAGCCCAGAGAUGAUCGCCAUGCAACAGCUCUCCUCCCGCGUCUGCCCACCAGGUGUGCCUUACCACCCCCAGCAGCCAACUGCCCCGCAUCUACCUGGCCCUUUCCCGCAGGUGGGUCACUCAGCCUCAGGGCGUGUGUCAGCCCCCACGCCUGCCUUGGAGAACACUGGGACAAGGACGCAGGAUAACCCCGAGACACCAGAGCCUGAGGAUGACCAAGAUCCCUUGCCCAGGCUUGAGGAAAAACCACAAAGUGUUGGUGCUUCAGAGGGGGUGUACCUCAAACAGCUACCUCACCCACUGCCGACCCUGCAGACCGGCUGUCCCAGGCAGAGCUCGCCACAGGAGAGGGAGAUGGAGUGUUCAGAGCUCAAAAGUGACCGCCUGGACCCUGCAGACAGCUGUAAAGCAGCAAAGAGCAAGUCUGUCUGGUCCUCUGAGAGCAGCUGUACCGGCCCAACAGCCCAGGGGUGUAUGAGGGACCUCUCCGCUCUGACAGAUAGAGGGUCUCUCCCCGAAAACGGAGUGAUUGUUGAAGCGGCCCCUUGUGGGCCAGAGGGGAAGGGCCUUGGUGGUAAUGGUUCAGAAAAGCCACUUGGACCCAGGGGCAAAACUUUGCAAGAAACCAUGCCAUGUACCAGACAGAACCCAACCACACCUCCCAGCACAGACCCCAGUUUGAUGGGAGGCACCACAGGCCAGUUCUCUGCCUUGUACAUGCCUGGCCUGGAAUAUCCGAAUUCACCUGUGCACUACCACGGGGGCCCAGGCCUACAGGCUCUGGGCCCUCUCAUGGGACGAAAGCCUUCGGUAUCACAUCCACAGCAUUUUCCCACAAGGGGCUUUCAGCCUAACACUUCUCAUUCUGGAGUCUUUCCCCGUUAUCGACACCAAGGAGUGAGGUAUACGUACCCACCACCUCAGCCUUCCUACCAUCACUGUCAACGGACUCCUUUUUACCCGUGUCCACGGGGCUUCUCUGACUGGCAGAGGCAUCUCCAUCCCGCAGGCAGCCUGGGUGGGCCACCACCCAGUCAGCCUCCCCCACCAGGGCCUCUCUUCUCAGAUAAGAGCGCCAUGACUAACCUGCCGGACUGUGAGACACUGAGCACUGCCUUAAGCUCCCCAGCCCGAAUUGGCACGGUGGCAGCCAAGGUGCUUCACACUGACGGGCAGAACCCUGGUCCAGAGGAGAAGCUGGAUGAGUCUGUGGAGAGGCCAGAGAGCCCCAAAGAGUUUCUGGACCUGGAUAACCAAAACGCAGCCACCAGGCGACAGAGCUCAUUGUCCCCCUGUGGGUACCUUUACAGGGCUCCUCCGCCUUUGAGUUCAGCGGUGGAAUUCGGUUCAUCUGCUUUCCCUCCCCACGGUGUGGUGCUCCAGGCAGGGCCUCCUUACACGUCUCAGCGGCUGGCUGGUCAUUUCCAGCCCAGGGCCUACGCUUCCCCAGUGGUUGCCCCCCCACCUCACCAUCCGGCAGCCACCCAGCCCAAUGGCCUCUCUCAGGAGAGCCCCAUCUACCACUGCCAGGAAGAGGAGCUGGGUCACUUUCAAGCUGUAAUGAUGGAACAAAUUGGCCCUGGGAGCAGAAUGAGGGGAACUUUCCAGGAAAUGUACAGACCAUUAGGAAUGCAAAUGCACCCAGCGCAGUCCCUGCCCUCCCUCCCCGAGGCCCCGGCACCUGCACCACCCCAGGAGGAGCUGUCACCACGUGCGCCCCCGGCGCUUCCUCUUGGGCAGAGCUAGUCCAAGGAGGAAAUAUGCCCCACAGAAAUGGAAGCUGCACAUGAAGCCCGGAAUAUGGGAGUUUGAGGAACGACCCCUGUGCCCCACCGCACCCUUCACAGGGCCUCACU